AUGUCUGCAUUGGUUAAUCUACCUUGCACUUCUAUAUGGGUGUGUGAUAUAAUCGGUCUUUGCCCUGCUAUCGCUGCCUGGACCCCGCCUGCGAUCCCGAAGGGAGUCCCAGGUUCCGGCAUCGUAACAAUCAUCGGUUCCCUCGCUCUGCAUCAAGCAUACCUCCCACCAUCUGGAAAGAUGUGCAGCAAGGUCAAGCAAGAUACGUUGAAUCGACUUGGAGUUGUUCACCAAGAAAUUUACAUUUACUUCAUUCUUCCCAACCUGAACAUAUUACCCCAAAUAACUAUGGUGGAAGUCAAGCAAACCAAUUCCCCUGCUUCCGAACCGAAAGCAGCAGACCCCGAAUUUGCGAGCGUCUAUCAGCUAUUGUCAACUCAUAUCUAUCUCAAGGCACGUCGUUCUUAA